AUGCAAAGAAGUGUUUGAUUGGUCCAUGCAAUGCACAUCUGCAGGUGUCAUGGCGGACGUCGAAAUGCGUCAAAAUUCUUUGUCAGAAUCAGCGCUAAAAAACGAAGGCAGAUUAUCAGAAAGGGGACAAAACUUGGAGCUGGCUGAUAGUAUGGAAAACGGAGAAAGCGUCGACGGUUUCCCCGAUGAUUCGAGGAUUGGUAUUGGAGAUAAUUACCUUGUCAAACGUUCAGAUAACACUUGGCAUGCUGCAGAGGUCAUACAGACCAGAUCAAAUGAGCAGGCAGGAGGAAGAUAUGAGUACUAUGUGCAUUACAAAGGAUUAAACAGAAGAUUGGAUGAAUGGGUUGAAGUGGACAGGUUCAACUUGAAGGCCCGCUUGGAAGAGGACAGCAAGCCAGAAGUAAUCUCUGCUGCUGCCACCACAGAUCUGACAGAUGGAACAGACAGGAAGAUCACCAGAAACCAGAAGAGAAAGCAUGAUGAGAUAAACCAUGUGCAGAAGACAUAUGCUGAAAUGGAUCCAACUACAGCAGCUUUAGAGAAGGAACACGAAGCAAUUACAAAAGUGAAAUAUAUUGACAAAGUACAGAUAGGAAAGUAUGAGAUAGAUGCCUGGUAUUUCUCCCCCUAUCCGGAAGAAUACGGCAAACAGUCUAAACUCUGGGUGUGUGAGUACUGCCUGAAGUACAUGAGGCUAGAGAAGUCUUACAGAUAUCAUCAGAGUCAGUGUUUCUGGAGACAUCCUCCUGGAAAAGAAAUUUACAGGAAAGGAACAAUUUCACUCUUUGAGGUAGAUGGAAAAGACCACAAGAUAUACUGCCAAAAUUUGUGUCUGUUAGCCAAACUGUUCCUUGAUCACAAGACACUGUACUUUGACGUGGAACCUUUCUUAUUCUACAUCUACACUGAAGUUGACAGACAAGGCUGCCACCUGGUGGGAUAUUUUUCAAAGGAAAAAGAAUCUCCAGAUGGAAACAAUGUUGCCUGUAUCCUCACUCUCCCUCCAUUUCAAAGGAAAGGCUAUGGGAAAUUUCUAAUCGCAUUCAGUUAUGAACUGUCCAAAAUAGAGGGGUUGGUGGGCUCCCCCGAGAAGCCCCUGUCUGACCUGGGGAAACUGAGCUACAGGAGCUAUUGGUCCUGGGUGUUACUGGAGAUUCUCAGAGAUUUCAGAGGAACACUGUCCAUUAAAGAUCUCAGUCAAAUGACCAGUAUCACACAAACGGACAUUAUACAAACUCUUCAGUCCCUGAACAUGGUGAAGUAUUGGAAAGGCCAACAUGUGAUAUGUGUUACUCCAAAGCUGGUGGAAGAACACUUGAAAGGAGCUCAGUAUAAAAAGCCUCCCAUCACUAUAGAUGUGUCAUGUUUAAGGUGGGAGCCUCCUAGGAAAGUGCCCAGAAUUAUAAAGAAAUGAUGUGUCUUGUUUAAGAUGAGAGCUGCCAAAAAUGUACCCAGGAUCAUAAAAAAAUAAUGCCAUGUUUAAGAUGAGAACUGCCCAGGAUUAUAAAAAAAUAAUGUCAUGUUUAUGAUGGGAGCGAUCAAGGAAAGUGCCCAGGACUUUAAAAAAUUAACUGAAUUUGGUUCUUUGACAAGUGAAAUACAAGUUGCAUCAUUAUUGGUAUCUCAUACACUUUCAAACUUUUUCUUUUGCUCGUAUUUGGAUACCACUGGAUUCUGGACAAAUGUUUUGUAUGUUGAUUAUAAUGUGAUAUAGUGUUGGCGUUUCCAGUCCAGCAAAAAAAUGUAGCUAUCGUACCAUGAAGGUUUUUUUCAACCGAUUUCUGUACAUAAUUGUAAAGAUUACUUGAAUGGUCAUGAAAUAAAAUUGUACAGAAAGAU